AUUAUUUUUAAAAAUUAAUGAAACCAUUAAACUAUUGUUAUAUCGUGUAGCAUUUACAAAUAAUACACGAUUCAUGUAAACAUGUUCUCUAAUAAUAUUUACAAAACUACUAGUCAAACAUUAGUAUAUUGAAAGUUUAUGAUUUGUAUAGAAGAUUUAAUACGUUAGAAACUGUCAAUUUUUAUUUUAUUUUUAUGAAAUUUUGUAUUUAUUUCUGACCAAAGUUCUCAAUAUAUUAAAAUUACAUUUACCAUAUAUAUAUGUACAAGUGGAAAAUAAAACACAAUUACGCCAUUAAUAUAUAUUCACAAUUACAAAAGUGAACAUUGACUACUUUUCGUUUGAAGGUAAAUACUAGAUCUUGAUCCGUGCAACCGCAUGGGUGUUAUUUUCAGCUAUAUAUAUAUAUUUUUUUUAUUUUAUAUCAUUAGUGGUAUACAUUUUUAAUUUUAAUCAUAUAUUUAAAUGUUUAUAUAAUUAUUUCAAAUACAAUCAUUUACAGUUUACAUUUUGUAAAUAAUCAAUUGUUUAAAACCGUCACAUUUAUUUGUUGCUUAUUUUUCUAUAUUUAUCUGCAUUUGGUUAUUAAACAAAUUAAUAUGUACAUGAAAAAAAUAUUUGAAAAUUAUUUUGUAUUUAAUUUAUGUGAAACUUUUACCCGCCUUCAAAACUGAUUUUUCUUUUAGUAAUAUUUUACGUUUAUUUAUUUUAUAUAAUAUAUUAUUGUAUAUACAAAAGUCUAAAAUAUGCUAAUUCUUAAACAUGUAUUGUAGUCUGCUAAUCUUUAGCCGUUUUGUCAUCGUAUUAUAUUUUUUACCAUAAAUAUUUUCUGUUAUGAAAAUAAAAUUUAUAAAUCUAUCAAUUUAAUAUAAUUUUAUCAUAUGUAGUUUAAUAAUAUUUUUAUUUUAACAUGAUUGAUUAUGAUUAUAAAAUAGAUAAAAAUAGGACAGAAUUUUUAUUUUAAAUUUUAUAAACAAUAACUGUAUAUAUAUUAAUGCAUAAUAAUAGUUCAUUGAUAAUUAUGAAAUUAGUGAAAAUAUUUAUACAAACGUUUUGAAAAUUAUGAUAUUGUUAAAAUAGUUAGAUCAACAUAAUAACUUCUUUUUAAUAUGAUUGAUAGUGAUUAUAUGAUAGAUAAAAAUAUGAUAGAAUAUUUAUUUUCAUUUUUAAAAUGAUAAAUGAAUAUAUUAAUGUAUAAUAAUAUUUCAAAACUAAUCACAAAAUUAGUGAAAAUAUUUACAUAUAAUUUUUGAAAUUAAGAUCUUGUUAAAAUCUUUUUUAAACAGAUUUCUUCGAAAUUAGAUAUAUAUAUAUAUAUAUUUAAAUGAAAAGAUGUCAAAAGAUAUUAUUAUUAAAGUUGCUUAAAAAUUCUAUAUAUUACUAGUCUUAUCAAAAUAUUUAAUAAAUGUUUUUAAUGAUGGUCCAACAUAAAAAUCACACUUGAAAGGAAAUUGUGACUUUUAUUUAAAUAAAAUAGAUAUUACCCUCUUAAGAAGAUCAUGCAACGGAGACUGAAUGCAUGAGCAUCACUUCAUGACAUACUUUAAAUAACUCACGAGUUUUAUCCUUUUGGUACUCCUAUAUAUCAACCUAAAAAUAUAGAACACAUCGACAAAUCAAAACAAUGAAUCCCCUUUCAUGCUUUUUGAUUGUCAUUGCAUUGUCUGCUGAGUUGAGUAACGGAGAGUCUUACGACAAAGACUCGGUCCAUUUUAUAAACUCUCUUAAUCCGAACAACAUUCUCAGGGUCCAUUGUCUAACGCACGAUGAUGAUCUAGGCUAUCAUUUGUUGAGUCCUGGACAAACCUAUGAAUUCAGUUUUUAUGAAAGUAUUUUCACGACUAAAGUCAAUUGUGCCUUAUGGCAGGGACCUGGUUUCAAGUUCUAUGCAAUCUUUAGGGCAUAUACAGGUGGUGGUUUCAUUGUCCACUAUGGUAGGAAAAACUUUUGGGAUGCAAGAGAAGAUGGUAUAUAUAUCUCACAUGGUAAAGAUUCUCCCAAAUUAAAGUACAACUGGUCGACCCAAGCCCUUUCACCAAUUUAUUAAGUGGACAAAUUAAACAUAUAUGUAACUUAUUGCUCAAUUGAGACUUUCGAUGUCUCUUUCUAAUAACAUAAAUAAAGACAUAUUUAUAUAAUUUUAAUAAAAUGAAUUAAAUAUAAUUAUAUUCACUUCAUUUCAUACUCAUAAAUUUGUUCCUAUGACACAUUAAAAACACGUUAAAUUUAAUUAUAAAUACAUCAAAAACGAUUGUCAAUUUACAAUAACACUAAAACAAUAGUAAUUCAAUAAAAUUAAUUAAUUUUAGCCAAACAUGCAAAAUAAAUAAAAAUUAUAACAAUAGUAUUUUUUGCUAAAAUUGCAACAACAACAAAAAAAUCUAUCAAAAUCGCAAAACAUCAAUUUGUUUUGUAAGAACCACAAAAUUAAAUUUUCCAGCAAAACUUAUCCAUGUUUUUCCUCAAAAAUGCAAAAUCAAUUUUUCUAUACAAAAAUAGCAAAAUUAAAAUUUCUCAUAAUAAAUUAUGUUUUUAUAUCACAACCGCAAAAGGAAAAAAAAUUCGCUAAAAUUUUCAUAAUUUUGUUUUGUACCAAAAUCUUGUUUUUCGCCAAAACUUAAAAAUUAAAUUAUUUUUUAAACCGCAAAAUUAUUUUUUUCACCAAAACUGAUUUUUUUUAUUUUCCUGACAAAAAUUCAUGUUCUUGUUUUCCUUCGAAACCAAAAAAAAAGCAAGUCUCCCCCCCCCCCCCCCCCCCAAAAAAAAAAAUGCAAAUUGAGUGUUUCCACCAGAGUUAUAAAAAUCUAGUUUUCUUGUAAAAUUAGUUCCAUAGAGAAAUUCCUUCUGGUUGUCAAGAUACGCUCCUUGUACUGAAAGUCUGUCGCUGGUAUAUCUUAGGUGGCCGGUUUGGAAGGUUUAGUGAGACUGGCUGAACCACAGAUUUCAGGGCUACAACAUGAUGGUAGCGGAGGCGGUGGAGGAGGUGAGCAUGCUAGUGGUUACGGAAGUAAAGUUGGCGAAAAUGGUGGUGCGGGUGAAUGUGAGUUUAGAGGUGCUGUAGGAGGUGUCCCUUAAUUAUUGCACACAACCACAUUUAAAGUGACCACAACCACAUACGUGUUGAUGCUAAACUCUAUAGAUAUUACUAGAAGCUCAAGAAGAAAAAUAAGAGAAAUAUUUAAACACACAAAUGCACUAUUACAAAACAAUACGCAAUAGAUAUGUGGAGGUCAACAAUAAAAUGAACAAAAGUGUUAAUCAAUAUCUACCUUUUUAUUCUCGAAAAAAGUAUUCAUAUUUGAACUUUUAGGAAACACCAAACAUAAUAAUCAAAUACACUUCCGUGUUACGGAACUAAAUUGUCAACUAAAUAAGAGAAUAUUUUAGCAACAAAAAACAUAGUAGAAAACUAUGUGCAUAUUAAUCUUACUUUAAAGAAAAAAUACAAAGGAAAAAAUAUUAAAAAAAUAUAUUAAACAUGAAAUCACAAAAAAAUUGAAUAUACAAUAUGCUUAUAAUGCGGCGGUAUUCUACUUUUCAAUAAAUUUGAUUAGUCAAUCACAUAAUUUAGCGAUUUCUCUAUGCACAUAUUAAAAUUUAUCUUCGCUCAUUAUAAUAAUAAAUUAAAAUAAAAUGUCUUAUAGCAUAAUUUUCGACAAAUUAUUCACCCUUCAAGUUACGUCUAAAACUAUUUAGUGACAUAAACUUUUAACAUAUGUAUAUAUAAUCCAUGUGUUACUCAUCAACUAUGUCUUAAUAAAUGGUGUUUGUUCUCAUUUAACACAAAAUAUUACUUUCCUCUAUUAAAUUUUACAAGAAUUUUUUAUUUAAAUUAAAACAAAAUAUUCAACCUACAUAAUCGGUCUGAAUUUUUUGUAAUCCAAAUUACAAUAAAUAAAGACUAAUACCACAUUCAUAUAUGAGUUUAAAUAUAGGUUGCACAGAAGCUUCAUUGGAAAUAUGCUUUCCGUUUCGAAACCGGAAUCAGAAUUUUGUGAAAGUUUACGAAAUUUUGGUUCCAAAAAGAUUCAAAAAUCUCCUAUUUAAAAACAUGUCGGGAGCUUACUAUUCCGUUUUACUAUCAUGUUCCCGUUUAAGAAAACACAAUACAUAGAAUAUAAAAUCAUGUUUUUUUGUUUUUUUGUAUAAAAUCAAAAAGUUAUUAAUACUUAAAUAAAAAAAAAUAAAAAUUUGCAAAUAUUAAAACUAAUACAGUAAAUAAUAUUUAUGCCCUGAAUUCUUAUUAGAGAUAUAACAUAUAUGUAUAAAUAUAUUGUGUUAAUUAUUUAUGAAAAUUUUAAAAUAAUUAAUUGGGUAAUAAUUUUUGAAGUUAAUUUAUUUAUAUUUUCAAAAUUAUAAUAAAUGAUUAUAAAUGAAGAAUUUUUUUUAAUUUGAAUAAAAUAUUUUAGUCAUAAGUUUUAUAAAUUUUUCUUAUAUUUAAUAUGUAUAUAUAUAUAUAUUUGGAUAUAUGUUUCCAAAACGUAUCCGCUUCCUAAUGUUUUGAAAAUUCUCGCUUCUAUGCAUCCAUACGGUUCCAUUUCCGCAUACCCGUUUCCACGUACCCGCUUCCGUAUACCCCUUUCGAUUUCAUGUAAUAUAUGUUUAAAUUAUUCAAACUACAAAAAUACUCUAAGUAAAACAAAAUAUACCCAAAACAUUCAUACAUAUUAUAUGUCCAACUUACAAUCAGUUGUUACGUCUGGCCGCUGACAACACAUAUCUACUAUUAAAUAUUUUUUAAAAAAAUUGUAUUUAAACACUUAAAUUUCAAAAAGUAUUUAUUUUGUUAGACAAGUAUAUAUUAUGUAAGAAGUAAACCUUAAAAUUAUAAUGCAGAAUUGUUUUUGUAAAAUUUCUGUAAAAUAUGUAAAUACAAAUCAAUAAAAUUGAAGAAGAAAUAUAAGAAAUGAUUUAAUCUAAAAUUAUUUCCCUGUUUGACAUUUUCUGCGUCUCUGUGUAUAGGAUGAACAAUCACCAAAAUUUAAACAAUUGCAAAACAUUCAAUAUAAGAAAAUCAAAAUUUUUGAUACCAAAACAUUAAACCAAACAUCAAUAAAGGUGAAAGGGGAAGUGCAUUAUCAUCUCUGAUUCUGCAAAUUAUUAUUUUUUGAAUAAUGCAUGAAAGUUGUCACUCACUUAAACAUCAUGAACAAGAUUUACUUUGGAUUUCACCAUAGAUGUUAUCAACAAUUCAGAAGAAACAAAUCAGUCAAAUUAAAAUGCUUAGAAGUAGAAUCAAAACAUAAAGAGCAUAAAAGACUAAUAGCACAUCCAAUAUGACAAUAAUAUAAAAAGCAAUUUAUAUUUAUCUAAUUUAUUACUUUAGAAAUGAUUUGGUUAAUGGUUCGAAAUUAUACAAAGCUAUUAAAAGUACAUGAAAAUAAAAUAGGGACCGUAAAAAAAUUUAUAUUGCAUAAUCCGCGCGUAGCGCGGAAAAAAGAUCUAGUUUACAAAUAAGAAUGCUGCACUAAUUUACAAGACUUCAAUAUUUGUAUAUAAAUUAAAAUUUUGAAAAUAUUUAAUGCUUAAUAAGUAAGAUAUUUUGAUAUCCAAUGUAGUAAUAUGAUUACAGAAAUAUGAAAAGGUCAAAAGUAUCUAGCUAAGUAUUAACUAUUAAGUAUAUAGUGAAGCAUGUGCUUCAGGAUCCGUAGACGAUAAAUAAUUUAUAGGAUCAAUAAUUAUUAAGUGUUUCUAUUGGUAACGUCUCUAGUUAGAGCAUACACUAACUGUGUUUGAUACCCCCAAAGCAUUGUGUUUUUAUGUAUUUGUCACUUUCAUUCUGAUGUGAAUGUUCUCUUUUUAGUGGUUCAAUCAUUUUGUUCAGAUCAAACAAUAUUUUUUUGUCAAACAAUAUUAUUGGUGGAGUUGUUUGCAUUAACGGCUAUAUGAACAACAUCAAAGCUUAGUUCUCUCUUUGGCUUUAGAUUUUAUUUGAGUUUUUAAUAUCUAUAUUUAUGUACUUUCGAUAUUUGUUUUCUGUUUAGUUGGAGUUUUAUGUUUUUCUUUCUUUUGUUGAGUUUAAAAGACUAGGAAGCAAAUCAGUUUUGUUACAUGCAGUUUGGAAUUAUGAAUUAAUUAUUCUAAAUUAUUUAAUGGCAGUAUUUCACUUAUUUGUUUUAUUACCGUGUAAUUUAUAAGAAAACUUAUGCUUUGAUAUUAAGUUUAGAGAGUUAUUUAUGUGUUAUGAACAUGCGUUUAAUUGUUUAAUCUCUAAAACGGCUAAAGUAGAUAUAUUGUUAAUGAAUAAUUAGAUUUAUCAUUAUAUAAUUAACUAUAAUAAUAAUAAAAAUAUCAUUAUCUUUUUUUUUGUUUAUUAAAUGUAACUUAUGAAUAUUUCGAUAACUCAAUGUAUAUAUUUAUCAAGUAAACCAAUGAAUUAUUAUCAUUAUCUCAAUUUGUUUGUUUUUUUUUAAGUUUUCUUCUAAAUUUUCAUCGAACUUUAUUUUUUAUUUACUUUUUAUUUAUUUUAUUUUUACUUGGAUUUGUGUGUUUCAAUUUUUUUUGGUAAUUUAAUACAUUUUUCUGGUUCAAAAAUACAAAGUAGACUAAGAGAGACCAAAAGUUCAUAUUCUUCGUUGUCCAAAAAAGAAAUUCACAUUCUUAUUUUAUUGUGUGUAAUAUUUGAUAUAUAAUUAUGAUCUCAUGGUUUCAUAGUUUUAUAGUUUUUCUUUGUACUAAGAAGACGUAAACUGAAAUAAAAAAUCAAAGAAAACUAAAAUGAUUAAGAAUAUAAAAAAUAAAUUAUUGUCAUGUUUAAAUCAUAAAAAAUAUACUAAUAACUAUCUACAUAUAUAUAUAUAUAUAUGUUUGCUUCACUCAUGUGCUGCCACCUCAGCGUCCAGCUAGAAAAGUCGUGCUACGUAGUGAUGACACGUGUCCCGGUUCUUCCGAAACGUAGAGCUUCAUUAAUCUGAAUUCGGAUGGGAUUUUUUCUUAGCAUAUACGGGCUCUGUGAUAUUGUUACUUGCUGGGCUUCCUUUUUCAGAAAACGACACCUCCGUUUUCCUCUUCUCUUUGCGUCGCCAAAAAAAAAGUUUUUUUUCGACGAAAGCUCGAUCAUUCAUCUAACCGGCAUCAAAUCUCCAUCUGUAAUACGUGAAGCCAUUGUUUCCGGCGAUAGCCUGUUAGAGCCCGGCGGUGGUGUCUUUUGAUUGACUUCCAACUCACCUUUAAAUAAAUUCUUGGAAACGUUACGAGAAUCAGUUCAUCCAAUCGUCGUCUUUAACACCCUCAUCAACAACAUCUACCACUCUUCACACGAUCCGUCAUUCAAUGUAUCCCCAUUAUUGCUAUUGUGUGAAUCACCACUAUAAAUAGACUUGAGGGAUGGCCAUUGGACCACCACAGUGGAGGUCCGCCUAUUUUGGGAGGCUAGGUACGUGAAGCGAGGAUUGAGCUUAUGUGUAUAGACAUGCUCAUCCUAACGCAAAGUAUGGUUGUUGUAUUUCCACCGUCGAGGUCCGCCUCCUAAGGUUCAGGAAUUUGAAUGCUCCUCCUCGACGCAAAGGUAACUCCAGCAUUAAAAUCUUUAAAUAUUCGAGAGAUGAUUAUUGUGUGGUUUGUUGAUUCUGUUUCACUUUGUUCAGGAAUUGAUUAUUAAAUUUUUUUAUCCAAAUAUUUUUGUAAGACCA